AUGGAUGUCCAUGGGACAAUGUUACAAUCCAUGAAGCUGCCUGCAAUGGUCAUCUGGAUUGCCUACAGUAUGCCCAUGAAAAUGGAUUAUGCUCAUGAAAAUGGAUGUCCAUGGAAUGAAUAUACAUGCUCUAGUGCUGCUCAGAAUGGUCAAUUGGAAAUCCUCAAAUAUGCCGAAGAAAAUGGCUGUCCAUGGGAUACAUAUACCUGCAGAAUGGCCGCUCAAGAGGGCCAUUUGGAAGUAUUGAAAUAUGCCCAUGAAAAUGGUUGUCCUUGGAAUGACGCGACAUGCCUCGGAGCUGCUCACUUUGGCCAUGUGAAGGUGCUAAAGUAUGCCCAUGAAAAUGGAUGUCCAUGGAAUGAAUUGACAUGCUGUAUGGCUGCCCGGCAUGGUCAGUUGGAGGUGCUAAAGUAUGCCCACGAAAACGGCUGUCCAUGGGACGAACACACCUCUACGCAUGCUGCAGAGAAUGGCCAUUUGGAGGCACUCCAGUAUGCCCAUGAAAAUGGAUGUCCAUGGGAUGAAUCGACAUGCUCCAUGGCUGCUUGGUAUGGUCAUUUGGAGGUGCUAAAGUAUGCCCAUGAAAAUGGAUGCCCAUGGAAUGAAGAGACAUGCUCCAUGGCUGCUUACAAUGGUCAUUUGGAGGUGUUAGAGUUUGCAAUGGAGAAUGGUUGUCCGUGGAAUGAAAAUGAUUUGCUUGGAACGCGUUAUGGUGUGGUGAAGGCUUGGGUGAAUGACUUUUUAUCAGCUCGUGGGACUGUCUGA